AUGCCGAACGACUUCUCCAAUAAUUCCAUGCAUUCGCAUACUUCUUCCCGCUCAGCAGCGCAAGCAACAAUCGGUGAGUACGCACUCGCGACAAUGUCCAUGUAUGACCACUCCUCAGGCGCAAUCCUCUCUCCGACCCCCCGCGCACUCCUUCCCCACCUACCAUCCUAUACUUGUCGUCACCCUCGAUGGGCCCACGCCGUCGCUCCUCUCCUGAGCCGACUCCGUCUGCCUUCCACUUCACCUUCACCUUUCGAGCCGGAACGUCCCAGAGAAACACCUUGCAAUCGACGGCUCAAGCGCACGCGCACAGACACGGUUUCGUCUGCAGUCCGAAUUAGCUUGUUCAACACUCCGGAUCUCAACCUGCAUACACCACUCAUACUUGCUGCACGCUGUCGCGGUGCGCGUAGCCUCAAUCACCACAACCUGCUCGACCUCAAUUCACACCUGCUCGCAAUUCAACUUGCAGGGACCGAGCAACGACCAAAACAUGGUGACGAAGGCUACGUCGAACGGCCUGAGAAUGCGUUUAUCCUUUUCCAACACAAAUCCUACUCGCAGAAGAAUGAGGCAGAGGCAGCUGGUGGUGUAGGGUGUGCUUGCAAGGACGGGUCAACUGCAGAUGCAGUCAUAACUGUUGAGCCUCUCAAUGCCCUCACUUUCGGGUGGUCCGUCUGGAUCUGGUCAAGGGAUGGGCCUGGCAAUCGACACCCGUAA